CUUUUCCCCGCUCGUUUCUCUCACUUUCUGAAUGUCGCUUUCGCGCUUCGCGUUGACUGCGACGCGUGCUGUGCUCGGCCGCGCGAUCGCACCCCAUGCACGCACUCUGACAACCUCAGCCAUGCAGCCCCGCGCAUUGGCUGUCGUUGCGGGUGGUGUCGCCCUGCGUUCGACCACUGUUCAGUGCUCCACGCGGAUGCAGCAGCAGCAGCAGCAUGUGCGCUUUGCCUCAUCGUCUGGCGGCCACCAGCGCCAGCAGCAACAACAGAGCCAGGAAAUGUCCAGCGCUCUGCUCGGUGUCACUGCCGCCGCCAUGCUCGUCUCGGGCGGUCUUCUGGUUUACAACAUGACUGUGGAGCGAUCGGGCAUCCUCGAGGACCUUGAGGUCGCACGUGCUGCUGACGCUGCGUCCAAGGCGGCUUCCAAGGCUGCGGAAACCACAUCGACGACGACACCGACGCCUGCAACUUCCGAAUCAAAGACCACGACCGACGCGACGACGACCGCCGACGAGCCUGCUGCUGCUCCAGCUGCCGAGACGGCUGUGGCCCCUGCGUCCACUCCCGCUGCUUCUUCCUCCACUACCCCGACACCUGGCUCACCCGACGAUCUUGCUGUUCCGUACCUGAUUAUCGGCGGUGGCACGGCCGCGUUUGCUGCCAUGAAGGCCAUCCGCGAGCGCCAGCCGGAUGCGAAAGUGUUGAUCAUCAGCGAAGAGGCCGACUCGCCGUACAUGCGCACGCCUCUUUCGAAGGAGAUGUGGUUUAGCAACGCCGAUCUUGUCGACCAGCUCAAGUUUACCGACUGGAACGGCCGAGAGACUGCCCUCCACUACCGCGAACCGGCGUUCUACGUUGCUCCUGAAGUUUUGCUCGAGCAGACCAAGGGCGCCACUGCCCUCAUUCUCGGCCAGCAAGUCACCCAUCUCGAUGUCUACCGCCGCUUUGUCCUGCUCGCCGACGGCCGCAAGAUUGCCUUUGAUAAGGUUUUGCUCGCUACUGGUGGCCAGCCCAAGAACCUCCCCAUCUUUGCGAACGAUGCUUCUUUCGCUGGCAACGUCACGCUCUUCCGCAAGAUUGCCGAUUUCAAGCAUCUUCAAUCGAUUGUUGACAGUGGAAAGACGGUCGCCAUCAUUGGCGGUGGCUUCCUCGGCAGUGAGCUCGCCUGUGCCAUCUCCGCGCAAGGCUCGGCAACUGGCUCCCGCGUGGUUCAAAUCUUCCCCGAAUCUGGCAACAUGGCACGUGUGUUCCCUGAAUAUCUUAGCAACUGGACCACCGCUCGCUUGAAAGAGCUCGGCGUCGAGGUCAUGGACUCCAAGACUGUCACAUCUGCCACGACCGCCGACGGCAAGAUUACCCUUUCGUUGACGGACGCCGCUUCUCAGGCACCCGCAGGCCAGGUCACCGUCGACCACGUUGUCGUCGCUGUCGGCCUCGAGCCCAACACCGGCCUUGCCAAGCAGGCUGGCCUGGAGAUUGACACUGUCCGCGGUGGAAUUCUUGUGAACGCCGAGCUCGAGGCUCGCACGAAUGUGUGGGCUGCUGGCGAUGUCUCGUCCUUCCACGACAUUGCCCUGGGCCGCCGUCGCGUCGAGCACCACGACCAUGCUGUCGUCAGCGGCCGUCUGGCUGGUGAGAACAUGACUGGCGCACGCAAGCCAUACCAGCACCAGUCGCAGUUCUGGAGCGAUCUUGGCCCCAAGAUUGGCUACGAGGCCAUCGGCAUUGUCGAUUCAUCGCUGGAGACUGUGAGCAUCUGGGCCAAGGCCUCCGCUGCCGACACCCCUCAGGCUGCUGGUGUCAACACCCCCGACAACGCCAGCGCCGCCGAUCGCACUGCUGAGGCUUCUGCUUCCGCUGCCGCUGCCGUCGCUUCGCCCGUGCCCGCCGUCGUCCAACCGUCGACCUCCAACGAGAACGAUUAUGGCAAGGGUGUCGUCUUUUAUCUGAGGGAGAACAAGGUUGUUGGCAUCCUUCUCUGGAACAUUUUCGGCCAAAUCCCCACUGCCCGCCGCAUCAUCCGUGAUGCUCGCGAAGUGACCAAUCCCCAGGAUCUUGCUCGUCUGUUUUCUCUGCACAGCACCAAGGAUCACUGAAAGUGAGCUGUCUCUCAAGCACGAGGGUGUGUCAGCAUGUCAACGAGCAACGGCCAGUUUCCAAUAAUGAUGAUUGUGUUUUUUUUUUUCCCGGUUGUAUGCGAAGUUUGUGCGUGCCCUCUGUUUGUCAUUUUGUUCAUUUGCUGUUAUUCACUAGUUCCUUCCUAUUCA